AUGUCCCCAAAGCUUCUUGAUCUGCUGAACACUUUUGAGGUGACACUUGCCGAGAGGCUUAAAAAGCUUAAGCCAGCAGACAGCGAAGAUUUCCUCCACUUAUCAUGGAUGACAUCUGCAAUGGAAUCACUUUGUGCAAUUCAUACCGACAUAAAAACUCUUAUAACUGCACUUGAACUCCCCGUCUGUGAUUGGGACGAUAAAUGGAUUGAUGUGUACUUGGACAAUAGUGUGAAGCUGCUGGAUAUCUGCAUUGCUUUCAGCUCGGAGAUCUCUCGGCUUAACCAAAGCCACCUUUUUCUUCAAUGUGUCUUGCAUAACUUGGAUGGUGCCUCAAAACAGUUUACUCAAGCACGCUCGUCACUUGAUGGAUGGAGGCAGCAUAUUAUUUCAAAGAACCCAAGACUCGAUAACUGUUUUGCCAUCAUGGAUAGUCUUGCUGAAACUAUAGACCUACCUAAAAUUAAGAACUCGCCAAAGGGAAAGGUAUUGAUGCGAGCUAUGUACGGUGUUAAAGUGGUAACUCUUUUUAUAUGCAGCAUAUUUGCUGCUACAUUCUCAGGUUCUAUGAAGAAAUUGAUUGACCUGCAUGUUCCAGAGACUUUCUCAUGGGCAGAUGCUUUUACUGAUCUACGGGCUUCCGUAAAUAAUGAGAUAAGGAACAUAUUUUCCAGCGGAAGGGUCACAGUGUUGAAAGAGCUUGAAGCUGUUGAUGCUAACGUCAAGAAGUUGUACCCGAUUGUACAAGAUGGCCCCAUCGAAACUGAAGUGUUGCAAAACUCAACUUCUGAUUUAAGAUUAGGAACGGAGAGAUUUUCACAAGGAUUAGAUCUGCUAGCAAAGGAAGUGGAUAGUUUUUUCCAAAUUGUUCUGACUGGUCGUGAUGCGUUGCUUUGUAACCUUAGAGUUGGCGGUAAUGUCACCAACUCGGUGCAACGUAAUGACAGCGUAGGAGGUCAGGCUGUGAGCUCUGGUUCAGGUGAUCGUGGUGGACAUAUUAUUAAAGGAGUUCCAACUCAUGGUGGAAAAUAUAUGCAGUACAAUGUGUAUGGGAACCUCUUUGAAGUUUCAAGAAAGUAUGUUCCCAGCAGGCCUGUGGGCCGUGGGGCUUGUGGCAUCGUCUGCGCCGCCAUGAAUUCAGAGACACUCGAGGAAGUUGCCAUUAAGAAGAUUGGCAAUGCUUUUGACAACAAAAUAGAUGCCAAGAGGACGCUACGGGAAAUUAAACUUCUUCGUCAUAUGAAUCAUGAUAAUGUAGUUGCAAUUAAAGACAUCAUAAGGCCUCCACUAAAGGAGAACUUCAAUGAUGUCUACAUUGUUUAUGAAUUAAUGGACACCGAUCUUCAUAAUAUCAUCCGAUCCAACCAGCCAUUGGCAGAUGAUCAUUGUCGGUACUUCCUACACCAAAUUUUACGAGGACUUAAGUAUGUGCAUUCUGCAAAUGUCUUGCAUCGUGAUCUAAAACCGAGUAAUUUGCUCCUCAAUGCGAAUUGUGAUUUAAAAAUUGGAGAUUUUGGACUUGCAAGGACUACAUCCGAGACCGAUUUCAUGACUGAGUACGUUGUUCCUCGCUGGUAUAGGGCGCCCGAACUGCUCCUAAAUUGUUCAGAAUAUACUGCCGCGAUCGAUAUCUGGUCAGUAGGUUGCAUACUCGGUGAAAUCAUGACAAGACAACCUCUAUUUCCUGGAAAAGAUUAUGUACAUCAGUUGAGACUUAUCACAGAGCUCAUAGGCUCACCAGAUGAUGCAAGUCUCGGAUUUCUUAGGAGUGACAAUGCUCGAAGAUAUGUUAGGCAACUUCCUCAGUAUCCAAGGCAACAAUUUUCUGCGAGAUUUCAGAACACUUCUGCUGGAGCUCUGGAUUUGCUAGAGAAGAUGCUCAUCUUUGACCCAAGCAAACGUAUUACAGUCGACGAGGCUCUUUGCCACCCGUACUUGGCGCCACUUCAUGAUAUUAAUGAGGAGCCAGUAUGUCAUAGGCCUUUCGUUUUUGAUUUUGAGCAGCCGUCAUUCACUGAAGAGAAUAUCAAGGAACUCAUCUGGAGGGAAUCGGUAAAAUUUAACCCCGAUCCAACACAUUGA